AGAACUUGACCUUCAAAAUAAGAUAGAGAAUCACAUUCCCACUACGAAGAAGUAAUAACAACAAUAACAAACAAACAAAACAAUGCUUAAUAAUAGUGUUACUUAGUUAUCGUUCUGGAACUUUCGAUUCUCUACAGGCAGGACCUCCAUCACGACCAUGGGUCGUCACUCAUCCACCAAUCAUUCUCCCUCCUCUCGCCGUCACCGUAGCCACCGCAGCAUCUCUCCGCCGCUGCCAAGAGAAAAGCAUCAUCAUUCGGGUCGCGGCUCGGCCAAACCAGCUCGGGCGGGUUCGAGUUCGCCGGAUCCUCUUCCUCGCUCUCCCUCUCCGCGAACGAAGAGGUUGAAGAAAGUUCAAUCCGAACGAGAGGGUGAGCGCGAACCUGAGCCUCGCGAGAGUGAGAGGAACCAUGGUGGUGGCAGAGGAAGGGGUUCGGAGAGGGAUGCGGUUGAGCGGAAGGAGAAGAAGAGAGCGGAGAACGACGACGAUGGCGGUAGGAACAACAGGUCGUCGAAGUCGAGGCACGACAGGUCGCCGGAGCGCGACCGUAAUGGGAGGACCCGGCACAGGUCUCAGUCACCGCAGCAUCACGCAUCCGCCGCAAAUGCAAAACCUCGUGAUGAGGUGACAAACUCAGGAGGAGCUGAAGAGAUGAAUGAUGAGAAUGAUUCUAUUGUGAAGAUGAAGGCUGCUGCGGAGGCUCUGGAAGAAAAACAGAAGCAAAAACCUUCAUUUGAGCUGUCUGGAAAGCUAGCAGCUGAAACAAAUCGAGUCAGAGGUGUUACUUUGUUGUUCAAUGAACCUCCUGAGGCUCGAAAACCUGAUGUUAAAUGGAGGCUUUAUGUUUUCAAGGCUGGUGAAGUGCUAAAUGAGCCCCUUUAUAUACAUCGCCAAAGUUGCUAUCUUUUUGGAAGGGAAAGAAGGGUUGCUGAUAUCCCAACAGAUCAUCCAUCUUGUAGCAAGCAACAUGCUGUUAUUCAAUUCCGGCAAGUUGAAAAGGAGCAACCUGAUGGUACAUUAUUAAAGCAAAUAAGGCCUUACAUAAUGGAUCUUGGAAGCACGAACAAAACUUUCAUUAAUGAUAGUCCCAUUGAACCUCAACGUUAUUACGAACUUAGGGAAAAGGAUACCAUUAAAUUUGGUAAUAGUAGCCGAGAAUAUGUAUUACUACAUGAGAACUCAAAUGGGUAAUAUGGGCAUUGAACCCUCCAAACUCACUCCAUCCUGCUCAUCAGAAGUGAUUAAAGCAACAUUCGAGUAUCAGUUUUUCUAAUCAUGUAAUUUUUGUGUAUUCUCUCUUUUCAUAAGUUUCUAGGUUAGUUUGUGUAUGAGUUGCUUGAUUUUUAUACAAGACUCGGAUUGGAUAUUUUAUUUAUAAUUAUACCAUGCAAUCUUGGGGCCCUGUCAAAUGACAAUUUCCGAGCCAUGCUUAAGCAAAAUGCACCCUUGGUGAUAUUU